GUUUUUACGGCUCGCCUGAAAAAGUCAUUCAGUUUCACGCGCACUGCAGGAGUGAUCGGUCCCCCAGGUAACAUCUCUACCUAGAUCUCCAUGGUCAAGGAGAAGAUGGAUCACAUCGGUGUCGGACUGGUGUGCGCUCUGCUCCUACUGGUCCAGUAUGGCAAUGGAGCAACAGUGAAUGUAACAAGUCCAAAUCCUAGUCCACACGUACUGACCGGGGAUACCAUCAACCUGACCAUUUCCUACAGCUCAACCCCCAUUCUGAUAAUAUGGGCCUACAAGGACAUCGACAACCUUCUGGCUGUAUGGACAAGUGGAGAAAAAUCGAUUGAUGACAAAUACAAGAAUCGGCUGACGCUACAGGAAAACCAGAUAUCUAUCCGAGAUUCCACCCCGGCGGACUCUGGAGUAUACCUGGUCAGAGUUCGUGAUGCAAGUCGCAAUUCUGGUGAAUAUAACUUUACAGUGGAUGUCAGAGGAGCUGAAGUCCCGAAAAUCCAAAGUAAUGACACAGGAAUAUUUAAGACGGGGGAAAGUAUCAGUCUGGCCAUCUGGUAUUCAUGGGAACCAUUAAGCAUAGUGUGGAACUAUAAUGGUAGCCCACUGAUUGUUAGUGCAAAUGAUUUCAUCAUCGUUGGCGACAGAUUCAAAGGACGAGCGAAUAUCACGGAUAACGGAUCUCUUCUAGUUUAUAACAACACCAAUGAAGACGCGGGAAUUUAUACCGUCACCGUGACCAGUAAUGUGACCUCUGCCUCACGGUCUUUUCAGGUGAAAUUCUAUGAUGUCAUAAGUGGUGUGACUGUUCAACAAACACCAGCGAUCGUAGAUGAGCGUACCCCUGAUGUAAAUCUGUCCUGCGGGGCCUCCUCCGGUUCCGGAUCUGUGACAUGGCAGAAGGAUGGUCAACCAUUGAGUAAUGAUAGUUCACAUGUUCUACUAGACCGGGUCCUCCAGAUAUUGAACCCAAACAGAACUUUCUCGGGGACCUAUAGCUGCAACAUGUCUAACCCGGUCAGCUGGAAUGUCGGAUUCAUUGUGAUGACCGUAUACUACCCGGUGGAGGAGGUUACAGUGACAAAGUCACCCGAGAUCGUGAGUGAGAUGACCCCGCUGGUAAAUCUAAGCUGCAGCGCCACUAGAGGUUUGGGUGAGACAGUUACCUGGAUGAAGGACGGUCAGUCCAUAAUUAAUGACGACAAGCACAACUUAUUGGAUGGGAAUCGGAUUCUCCAGAUAAUUCAACCCAACAGGACGUUCAGUGGAAACUAUAGCUGCAAAAUGUCCAACGCAGCCUACUGGGAUUCGGGCUCCCUUGACCUCCUUGUCUACGACCCAGUGGAGAAUGUUAUAGUGACCCAGUCACCCAAGAUAUUGGAUGGAAACAGCACUGCGGUAAAUCUAAGCUGUAGCGCCUCUAGUACGCACAUUGAGGCAGUGACAUGGAAGAAGGACGGGGAGGUUAUAGAAGGGAACGACACUUUCACUCUAUUGGAUGGGAAUCACACUCUCCAAAUAAUAGAUUCCAAGAGGACAUUCGGUGGACUCUACAACUGCACCGUAUCCAACGCAGCCUACCAGAAAAUCGUUACCCAUCAGGUCCGCAUCUAUGACCCAAUAGAGAACGUGACAGUGACCCAGUCACCCAAGAUCGCGAGCGAGAGCAGCCCUGCUGUAAAUCUAAGCUGUGGCGCCUCUCGUGGUUACAUCGAGUCAGUGACGUGGACCAAGGAUGGGAAGCCUAUAACAACUAGUAAUAACAGUUACAAUCUACUGAAUGAGAAUCGGGUUCUCCAGAUAAAUAAACCCAACAAGACGUUCAGUGGACUCUAUAGCUGCAACAUGUUCAACGCAGCCUACUGGAAGCCUGGCUCUCUUCAGCUCCGUGUCUAUGAUCCGGUGUUGAACGUUGAAGUGACACAGUCGCCCGAUAAGGUGACCGUUGAGACCCCUUUGGUAAAGCUAAGCUGCAGCGACUCCGGUGCCUAUAUUGAAAAGGUGGCAUGGACGAAGGACGGGAAAGCUGUGAGCAGCGAGAAACCCUACAGUCUAUCAGACGGGAAUAAGGUGCUUCAGAUAACUGAACCCGACAAAGCGCACAGUGGAAUCUAUACCUGCACCAUGUCCAACGCAGCCUACUCGGGGUCCAAGGACAUAAAUCUCACAGUUUCUGGUGCCACACCCGGUGCCACCGUCACAUUUGGCCUGAUGAUAAUCACUCUACUGGGAGGACUGCUGCUUGCCCAUUGAUUGUCCAUCCCGGAUAUGGUCUAUGAUGGGAGACAGGGCUCUGGAAAGAUCUUUUCUGCACUGCAUGAACCACGAAAGAAGGCCACUUCCUGACCUCAAUGCUCUGAUCACCUACUGCUGCCUUCCUGAGCCACCAUCAACUUCCAAUGCCAACUGUACAUGCCACGGUCUUCAAUCCUUUAAGGAUCAUUCUACAUCCAGUCAGUCCAUCCACCAGCCCCCUGAUCUACUCUACAUUCUAGUGGCGAGAUCUUUGCAACAUGGUUUUUCAAUGCCACCCACCUGCCUCUGUCCAUAUGUGGGUCUCACAAACCUAUUGCCAUUUGUUUUUCUGUUGUAGGAAUCCAUCCCAAUACGUCCUGGUGACCACCAGAACAGAAAGUGAUAAAAAAUAAAUCCAAAUUUUCCAUAUAGCUUGUAUUUUUGUUGCCGGGGGUAAUUGAAAUAAACGUAAACGCCUCAA